CGGCGGGGCGGCAGGGUCACAUGACCGGGGCGUGGGGCAGGGCGGCGGGCGCGGAGGGACACGCACCAUGAGUUUUCUUGGGGGCCUUUUUGUUCCUGCUUAUGAGAUUGAUGUUGUUCUCAAUGAUGCUGAAACACGAAAAACAGCAGAAAUCAAAACAGAAGAUGGUAAAGUAGAAAAGCAUUUUCUCUUCUACGAUGGAGAAUCUGUUUCGGGAAAGGUGAACGUCUCCUUUAAGCAGCCUGGGAAGAGACUAGAGCACCAAGGAAUUAGAAUUGAAUUUGUAGGACAAAUUGAACUCUUCAAUGAUAAAAGCAACACCCAUGAAUUUGUCAACUUGGUGAAAGAACUGGCCCUACCUGGAGAACUGACCCAAAACAGAAGCUAUGACUUUGAAUUCAUGCAGGUUGAGAAGCCAUACGAAUCCUACAUUGGUGCCAAUGUCAGACUGAGGUAUUUCCUAAAAGUGACAAUAGUGAGACGACUGACAGACUUAGUGAAAGAAUAUGAUCUGAUUGUUCACCAGCUUGCUACGUACCCAGAUGUAAACAACUCCAUCAAAAUGGAAGUAGGCAUUGAAGACUGUCUUCAUAUAGAGUUUGAAUACAAUAAGUCAAAGUAUCACUUAAAGGAUGUGAUUGUUGGAAAAAUUUAUUUCCUCUUAGUGAGAAUAAAAAUUCAGCACAUGGAGUUGCAGCUGAUCAAAAAGGAGAUUACUGGAAUUGGGCCCAGUACCACAACAGAGACUGAAACCAUUGCAAAGUAUGAAAUAAUGGAUGGUGCACCAGUGAAAGGUGAAUCGAUUCCUAUAAGACUGUUCUUAGCAGGCUAUGACCCAAAUCCAACAAUGAGGGAUGUGAAUAAAAAAUUUUCAGUGAGGUACUUCUUAAAUCUAGUGCUUGUGGAUGAAGAAGACAGGCGAUACUUCAAGCAGCAGGAAAUAAUUUUAUGGAGAAAAGCUCCUGAGAAGCUGAGGAAACAACGAACAAACUUUCACCAGCGAUUUGAGUCUCCAGAAUCACAAGCAUCUGCUGAGCAGCCCGAAAUGUGAACUGGUAUACAAGGUGAAAAACUUUUGUGAUGCUUCAACAGGUUAAAGAUGGCAGCAGCCUGUGGGAAAAGAAGGCAAAAAAUUCCCAUUACAACUGUCUUCCUUCAUCUUGCAGUGCUGCAUUUACCAUAAAGCGUUCUUCAGUUAAACAUUCAAGUAUGUAUAUACAUUUAAAAUAAAGUGCUUUCUCAAACACUGGAACUUUCUUAAGCUACUAUUUUAUACUGCACAUUUAUUUGAUAAUGUUAUAUGCACUUGGAUAUGCUUAAUCUAGUUAUUUUCAUGCAUGGUAGGCUGGUGUAUUUGAUUUUUUGCUGAUCACCUCUACAGUGUAGACAAAAACAUUUCCUUUCUCUCAUGUUGUUUAUUGCAUGUUUCUUUCCAAUGUUGCUUAUUUGCAUUUGUUUUGAAACUACAGUAAGAGACAACUGACUGAAUCACACUAAAAAUCAAGGUUUUGUGGUGAAUUUGUUCUUAGGCUUCUAAUUACUAUGUUAGACAGGGUUUAACUGAAACUGCAUGUGUAUGCACUACGACUGUGAUGACUGUGGAGCCUCCAGACACCUGACCAAGGUUUCCAAGAAGCUUGAAAUCUGUCACUAGCAAAAAAUGUUAGGAAGCAUCUCUGCCCUCCCUCCCCCAGUUCUCGUGUCAGAAUUCUCUAAGCCUUUCAUGUGCAUCACUCCUGAUGUUUGGGGGUUUGUUGCCCAGUAACGAGUGGCUGCAGAGACACUGAUGUGGUUCCACCUUCAGGUGGUAAAGCAUUUCCAAGUAAUUAUCUCUUAUUGAUUAAAUAAAUGCUGUUGACUUUGAUUAUUUUGCAAAUACAUGAAACUAUGUGGUUC